UGUAGCUCCAUCCAUUGUAUAUGAUCUAAGGUCAUGACUCAACUACUCGAAUUUUUGAUAAUAUACUUAUCUAUAUAAUGACUCGAAUACAACUACCGAGUAGACACUAGACAGUGAGUGACGACUGUUGUCGUCGAGAUUAGAAUAUGUUUAGUUGUUACUUAUAAUAGUGUAGUGUUCUGGGUUUCUAGCGUCCAGUUUUUUAUUCAGUGAUUUUCAUAAUAUGUUUAUAAAUACAUUAUUUAUUUAUACUAUGCAGCUGUGUAAAAUGUAAAUCGACAAUUAUUAUUAGUUAAUAGUUAUUACUACUAAUAUUCGUUUCUAUGUUCAUACUUCAUAGUUUAUAGUUGUUUCAUUCGUACUAUUGGACGGUUCUGUACUUCUGUGUGUAAUUAAAGUUACUUACCUAACUAAAUUAAAUAUAAUAUAUAUAGUCAGUAGUCACCAGACCUUUAUUGUUGUCAACGUUAUUCAGCAUCGGAAAAUAAGUCAAGAUGUGGUUAAAAAUAAAAGUACUUUUGUGGAAAAGCUUACAACUACGAAAAAGACAUUGGUUGAGUACUAUAAUUGAAAUAAUAGUACCGUGUUUGUUAUUUUUUUUUAUCAAUUAUUUAAAGUCACAAUUUGGAAAUGAUAAAACAUCUGAACCAACAAUUAUAAACCAAACUAUACCAAGCCCUAUUUCUGAAGAUCUUUUAUAUAAAAACUUUAUGAGACAUCAAUCAUCAGGAUUUUUUAUAUAUACUCCACAAACCGUUGAAACUGAACAAAUUAUGAGUAUUGUACAAAAUAAAUUGGAAAUUUUUCCUGAUAACAUUGAAACUGCUAUUAAUGAAGAAGAAAUGAUAAACAAAUUUAAAAUCAAAUUCAAUGACAGUGAAAUUGGUGGUAUUAUGGGAUUUGGAAUUGUUUUUGAAGAAACUAUAAAAUCUCAAGUUUUAAAGUACAAGUUAAGAAGCACAAAUGAAUUAUGGCUAACAGAUCAUUUGUUUCCUCCAUAUGAAAUACCAGGACCUAUGGAUUAUGGUGAUGAAUACCUAAAUAUGGGAUUUUUAGCAUUACAGUUAACCUUAGACAAAGCUUUUAUUUUGUUGAGUACCAAUAAUAAAAGUAGUCUUAAUAUAAAUGAUUAUAAUUUAGAAAUUCAGUCGUACCCUUAUGCAAAUUACUUAAAGGAUUCAUCAUUUCAAACAUUAUUUGAUUUAUUCUUGCCGUUAUUCACUAUUUUAAGUUUUUUGUUAAUGUGUUCCAAUACAAUUAAGAGAGUCGUUGAAGAAAAAGAUUCUGGUGUAAAAGAAUUAAUGACAAUUAUGGGUCUUAAACGAUGGAUGAUAUGGACAGGAUGGAUAUUACACAACUUUUUUGUAUAUGCCAUAUCAAUCACAGUUAUUACUUAUAUUACUUGUUUUGAAGUAUCUACUGGUCAACCAAAGUUGUUAAAUUACACAAAUCCAUUACUUUUAUGGAUUUUUUUAAUGAUGUAUAUGAUCGCUGGAGUUUUUUUUUGCUUUGCAAUUAGUAGUUUAUUCAAUCGACCAUUAGUUGCAUUAAUUGUUGGUAGUAGUGUUUGGUGUCUCUCUUACACUUUACCCAAAAAUUUUGUGAAACCUUCUACAAGCAUUCUAGUUCAAACACUAUUCACAUUAUUUCCUAACUUUGCAGUAUCAAGAGCUUAUGUAGCUAUAUCGUCACUUGAAACUCAAGGAAAAGGUCUUCAAUUCUCCACUCUAUUUACUGCUGGAAAAGGCGGUAACAGUUUUUCUGUUGGUUUUAUUUUACUGAUGUUUGUUGUUGAUUGUUUCUUAUAUGGAUUUUUUGCUUGGUACAUUGACUCGGUCAUGCCCGGACAAUUUGGUGUUGCAAAACCAUUAAAUUUCUUGUGUAAAUGGUCAAAAAAUAAGACUGAAAAUAAUGUUAUGGUUCCAAUCAGUAAAAGCAGUAGUAGGCUUUUUGAAAAACCUCCAAAUAAUUAUGAAGUUGGAAUUAGUGUACAAAAUUUACAUAAACGUUUUGGAAAUUUUUAUGCAGUUAAUGGAGUAAAUUUGGACCUAUAUAAAGGGCAAAUUACUGCUCUUUUAGGUCAUAAUGGUGCUGGAAAAACAACUACAAUGUCAAUUAUAACAGGAUUAUUUUCUCCAACAUAUGGUACCAUAAAUGUUAAUGGAAAGAAUGUAUUUAGUAACAUUGAUGAUUUUAGACAAAAUCUCGGUUUAUGUCCUCAACAUAAUUUACUUUUCUCUUAUUUGACUACUCUGGAUCAUUUAAUAUUUUUUGGAAUGCUGAAAGGUUUGCCAAUGAGAAAUGCAAAAUCAGAAGGUUUACAUUUACUUAAACUUUUAAAUAUAUUGCAAAAGAAAGAUGAACUAGUAAGCAAUCUUUCUGGAGGAAUGAAACGUAAGUUGUCUCUUGCAAUUGCGUUAGUUGGGAAUCCUCAAAUACUAAUAUUAGAUGAACCAACUUCUGGAAUGGAUCCUGAAUCCCGAAGAGAAAUGUGGGAUUUACUCUUGUCUUUUAGAGGAACAAGAACUAUUUUGAUAACGACACAUUUUAUGGAAGAAGCUGAUGUCCUUGGUGAUAGAAUUGCUAUCAUGGACCAUGGAAAAGUUAUAUGUUAUGGCUCUUCAUUAUUUUUAAAAAAAGCUUAUGGAACUGGUUAUAAUUUGACUAUUGUAAAAGAAGAACCAUGUGAUGAGUCUAGAAUUAUAGAAGCAAUUAAACAAAUUAUACCAGGAGCAGAAGUUCAAAGCUCAUUAACCGCUCAAGUUGUUAUUAAUUUACCAAAUGAAAACACUGAUCAAUUUCCAGAUGUAUUUAGAAUACUAGAACUUAAUAGAGAAAAAUUCUCUAUAAAAGGAAUGGGUAUAUCUUGUACAACAAUGGAAGAAGUUUUUCUGAAAGCUGAAAAAAAAAUAUCAGAUGAUGAUAAUGAUGAUGUUGCAUCUAUAAACACACCAGUAGAUUCUGGUAGUUAUCAGUUGAUCAUAACCAAGGAAGAUGAUUGUAAUAUUAAUCAAGUGACCAAUGUAAUUCAACAGUAUGUACCUGAAUGUAUUUUGAUGGGAGAUAUGGAAGCGCAAAUUAUAUUUAAUCUACCAGCUAGAAAAAGAAAUCAAUUUGGUGCCCUAUAUUCUGCCCUCGAAUUUCAAAAACAAAAUUUUCACCUAAAAAGUGUUAAAAUAACUAAUCCAACUACAGGCGACAUCUAUCCAAAGAUAGACAAUAAAAAGAACUCAACAUUGAAUAAUGGUUUUAGUUACAACAAUAACCAACGUUCAAUCACAGCUGGAGAUUAUGGAGAUGAACCAAAACAACCAUCUAAUAAUGACGUCACACAAACAUUGAUGCCAAAGUAUACAAGUGGAAUAAUUUUAAUGAAAAAUCAGUUUAAAGUAUUGUUGGAAAAAAAAAUCAUUUUUACAUAUAGAAGAUGGCUUUUGUCGUUAUUUUUUGGAAUUGGACCAAUUCUGUUGGGCUUGUUAAUUAUGAAAUCAACCAAUUAUUUAAUCAAUCAAACAGUGGUUUCCCAUGAAUUAAAUUUAUCAUUAAGCACCUACAAGGAUAGCAGUGUAUAUUACCGUGCUGGAGAUAAUUCUCUUGAAAAUUUGGAACCGACAUUUGUAGCUAUUUCUAAAACAAAUAAAGCUACCGUCAAAGAAACAUCGUCAGAAAACAAUAUAAUUAAUGAUCUAUUAAAAAUGUGCAAAGAUAAUGUAUUCAAUUACAGAACAAAUCUUAUGAUUGCUGGCGACUUUAACCAAACAAAAUCAACUGUUUUAUACAAUAAUAUAGCUAUUCAUACUCCAGCAAUUGCAGUAAACCUGUAUUCCAAUGCUCUACUACAAAAGUUGUCAGGAAAUAAUGAAUCACAUAUUUCAACUGUUAAUGAACCAAUUCAUUUAGAUAGUGUAAAUGUUUGUGAUGAAAGACUUGGGAUAGCACUUGUAUUUCUCUGGAUAACUACUUUCACGCCUGGAUUACUGUAUUUAAUAGGAUAUUUUAUAGCGUUACCAUUACAUGAAAGAGUUAGUGGUAUUAAACACUUACAAAUGAUGACUAAACUUUCACCAAUCAUGUAUUGGGUUACGUGUUUCAUUUGGGACUAUUUUUGUUAUAUAAUUGUUGCUUUAUUAACAUUGGCCGGUAUGUAUUUAUUGGAUAAAAACGACAUAUUUACUGGUUCUAAUGAAGUUGGUGCUCUAUUAACAUUAAUACUUAUUUAUGGAUGGAGUGCCAUACUCUAUGCAUAUGUUUAUAGCUAUUUAAAAAAUACCCUCGUCAGUUCCAUGUUAUUGUUCAUUGCAGUUAAUUUUAUAAUAGGAAUUUUUAUAAAUACUGGCUUGUAUAUUUUGAAAGACAUAAUAAGAGACCAUAAUAAAACUAGUUCCUUUAACACGUUUAAUUUAAUAAGGUUAAUAGUUUUAAUUAUUCCACAUUUUUCAUAUUCAUCAUGUAUAUCAGGAUUUCUGCAAAUAACGUGGGAAAACAACAUGUGCAAAGUAUGUAAAUCACCUUUAAUGAAUGAAAUGUGUAAAAGUGCUAUUUUCUCUGAACGAAAAAGUUAUUUUGUUUUCAAAUCCGAUAAAAAUCCAAAUGGCAUACUAGAAGAAACUUUAUUUUUAUUAUUUAGUAGCAUACUGUAUAUAUCUAUUAUAUUAUUUUUUGAUUAUAAAAUAUUUCAUCGGUUACAUCAGUUUGUUUUUAACAAAAUCAUUGGCACUGGUGUUAGUUAUAAAGAUAUGAAUGAAGAUCCAGAUGUUGGCGGUGAAAGAGACAAAGUUGAUGCAGCUAAAACUUGUUCAAAUACUGCAUCAUCGCCAUUAUUGCUGGUUGAUGACUUGGUUAAAAAGUUUAGUUUUAAAUUCACCGGGGUUAGGGGUAUAAGUUUUGCCGUUUCCCCUGGUGAAUGUUUUGGCUUACUUGGUGUAAAUGGCGCAGGUAAAACAACUACAUUCCGAAUUUUAACUGGUGAUACAUUUCCUUCAAAAGGUGACGCUUCUAUUCUGACGGAUAAGUUGUACAAACUCAGCUCUAAUAUAAAUGAGUAUGUUUCUUUGAUUGGUUAUUGUCCUCAAUUUGAUGCAAUAAAUGAUCAACUCACUGGAAGAGAAACUUUAAGACUAAUGGCAAUUUUGAGAGGAAUAUCGCCAACAAACACCAAAAAACAUGUUGAUAAGUGGAUUAAACUUUUAGGUCUUGAAGAAUAUAAAGAUCGAGUCUGCGGAAAAUAUAGUGGUGGUAAUAAGAGAAAAUUAAAUACUGCAAUGGCAUUGAUUGGAGAUCCUCCAGUUGUGUUUUUGGAUGAACCCACUAGUGGAGUAGACCCUGUGGCAAGACGUAAUUUAUGGCAAUUAUUAGCUGCUAGUCAAAGAGGUGGACAAGCCGUUGUACUUACAUCACAUAGUAUGGAUGAAUGUGAAGCACUUUGCAACCGUUUAACAAUAAUGGUGGACGGUGUUAUGAAAUGUAUUGGUAAUAUACAAUAUUUAAAAAAUCGCUAUGGACAAGGGUUUACCAUAAUGGUAAAACUACGUUAUAUUGAAAAUUCCAAUGUUACUGAACUAAAAUCUGAUAUAGAACGUCAGUUUUCUCCAGACAUUAAUUUAAAAGACGAACAUAAGGGUUUAUUGCAUUAUCACAUUACGAAUCCAAAUAUACCAUUGUCUGAGAUAUUUGGUCAGAUGAAAGCAAUUAAAGAAAAUUAUACUAUAAUUGAAGACUAUACUGUUAGUGAUACAACUCUUGAACAAGUCUUCAUUGCAUUUGCAAAAAAACAGGCUGUUUUAAAUACAACAGCUUAAAAUAUUGUAAUUAUUUAUUACUUUUACAUAUUUUUUACUUAGAAAUUUACUUUGUGUGACUAUCUUAUUAAUUUAAUUUUUUUUAGUAUUUACACACAGUUCCUCAACUAUUAAAAAAAAACCUGAUUUAAAACUUGAAUUUAAAUCUUAAAAUUGUUAUUUUUACUAUUAUUAUUAAAGUAUUUAAAUUAGCUUAACAAUACUUGUUUAUUGUAACCAAAUUAAUUGAACAUUCUAAGAGGCUAGUGAUAAACUACAUUAUAUGAUCAAUAAUCAUGUUAUCAAAUGUGAGUAAUAGUGAUUCAAAAAUUAUUUUCAUUACCUACUAAAGCUUUUUAUUUAACCUUUAUCCUGCUAACUUAUACAUUUUUAGUAUAUUUUACUAUUUACUUAAGUUUCAAAUUAUAUUUAUAAUAAUCUUAAAAAAAUAUUACAUAAAAAAUUGUUUUAAUUGUUUUUAUGCUUUGCACAUUUUUUGUUACCAAAUUCAAUGUGGUAGCUUGAAUAUUUUAUUCAAGAUGUCUAAUUUUUAUUUUUAAGCAUUAAAAAUUGAUGAACUCUUUAUCCAUCACGAUAAAGUAAAGUUAAAUUGUUAUUUGUCUAUAUUUUUAAUUUUGCACUAUGUGAUAUUCAAGCUAUUAAAAAAACUUAUAUUAUAUUAGCUA